GCGCCGCGGCCUGGGGCGGGACUUCCGGUAUGAGCUACUGAGUUCCGUGGCCGCCAGAAGUGUGAUGUGCGUGUGGUCGCCUGGGUGACGGGAACUGGCUGUGGAGUGUGUAGAGCGGCCUAGAAGGUUGAAGCCAUGGACAUAGACGCCGAGAGAGAGAAAAUAACGCAGGAGAUCCAGGAGCUCGAAAGAAUUUUGUAUCCUGGAUCGUCCAGUGUCCAUUUGGAGGUCUCUGAAUCCAGCCUCAGUUCAGACUCUGACGCAGAUUUCCUGCCUGAUGAGGACUUGGAAACUGCUGCUGGUGCCCCCAUCGUGGAAGAAGAAAGGUGGAGUGAGGCCAGCAACGAUGAGGAGGACCCCAAGGACAAAGCUCUUCCUGAAGACCCUGAGACCUGUCUGCAGCUGAAUAUGGUCUACCAGGAGGUGAUUCGGGAGAAGCUGGCAGAGGUCAGCCAGCUGCUAGCCCAGAACCAGGAGCAGCAGGAGGAGAUACUGUUUGAUCUGUCUGGGGCCAAAUGCUCCAAGGUGAAGGAUGGCAAAAGCCUGCCCUCAUACAUGUACAUAGGCCACUUCAUGAAGCCAUACUUCAAGGACAAGGUCACUGGAGUGGGGCCUCCUGCCAAUGAAGACACACGAGAGAAGGCUGCCCAGGGAAUCAAGGCCUUUGAACAGCUCUUGGUGACCAAGUGGAAGCACUGGGAGAAAGCCUUGCUCAGGAAGUCUGUAGUGAGUGAUCGCUUGCAACGCCUACUACAGCCCAAGAUGCUGAAGCUUGAGUACCUACACGAGAAACAGAGCCGCGUCUCCAGCGACUUGGAGAGGCAGACCCUGGAGAAGCAGAUUAAGGAAGCAGAGAAAGAGAUCCAGGACAUCAACCAGCUGCCAGAGGAAGCUUUGCUGGGGAGCCGGCUGGACCACCAUGACUGGGAAAAGAUUUCCAACAUCAAUUUUGAAGGAGGCCGUAGUGCCGAGGAGAUCCAGAAGUUCUGGCAGAGUUCUGAGCACCCGAGUAUCAACAAGCAAGACUGGAACACAGAGGAGGUAGAGCGACUGAAAGCCAUUGCUGCCACACAUGGUCACUUGGAGUGGCAUUUGGUUGCAGAGGAGCUAGGGACAAGCCGCAGUGCCUUCCAGUGCCUGCAGAAAUUCCAGCAGUACAACAAAGCCCUGAAACGCAAAGAGUGGACAGAAGAGGAAGACCACAUGCUCACCCAGCUGGUCCAGGAGAUGCGUGUUGGGAACCAUAUUCCAUACCGCAAGAUUGUCUACUUCAUGGAAGGAAGAGACUCCAUGCAACUGAUCUACCGUUGGACCAAGAGUUUGGAUCCUAACCUGAAAAGGGGAUUCUGGACCCCAGAGGAAGAUGCUAAGUUGCUUCGAGCUGUUGCCAAGUAUGGGGCGCAGGACUGGUUUAAAAUCCGGGAAGAGGUGCCAGGUAGGAGCGAUGCCCAGUGCAGAGACCGCUACAUCAGGAGAUUACAUUUUAGCUUGAAGAAGGGACGGUGGAACGCAAAAGAAGAGCAGCAGCUGAUCCAGUUAAUAGAGAAGUAUGGUGUUGGUCACUGGGCAAGAAUAGCUUCUGAACUGCCCCAUCGGUCAGGCUCCCAGUGUCUGAGCAAGUGGAAAAUAAUGGCCAGGAGGAAGCAGCGCCUCCAGAGGAGGCGGGGGCGGAGGCCCCAUCACAGUAGCCAGUGGAGCUCUAGUAGCAGCAGCGACAGCAACGGCAGUGAGGGCUAUGGCGGCGGCGGCAGCAGCAGCAGCGAAGACUCAGAUGUGGAGCCGGAAGAUUCUCUGGAGCAUGGCAGAGCACUGGUUCCUCAACAGUACAGAGUGCCAGACAUUGACCUGUGGGUUCCUACCAGGCCGGUCACCAGCCAGUCACAGAGAGAAGGGGCAGGGUGCUCCUCGACACACCGUGCUGUCUCCUGCACUCUUGACGCCACUCAAAGUCACCACAAGGAAGGUCCCACCACCGUCUCCACUCCUCAGAUAAGCCAGCAUGUGGUGAAGGUGCCCCUCGAGAAAAUGCUGAAGUUGAUCAGGACCCGCCCAGCCACCCAGAGCCACACCCUGCUGAAGGAAGGACCGAGGCAGCCACCCCUGCCUAAUUCACACUCAGAGUCUGACCCUGGUGACAGUGUGCCCCAUCUGCGGCGGCUGUGGCAUGGAACUUUCCAGUAUAAGCUGAGACGCAAGCGACAGGCUCUUCACCGCAGGCUCCUUAAGCACAGGCUUCUGCUGGCUGUGAUACCCUGGGUGGGUGAUAUCAACCUGUCCUGCACACAAGCUCCUAGGAGGCCUGCAGUAGUGCAAACUCAAGCUGACAGCAUCAGGACGCAAUUAGAGUGUGCCCGCCUGACCAGCACUCCAGUCUUCACACUGCUUAUUCAGCUCUUGCAGAUUGAUACUGCGGGCUGCAUGGAGGUGGUCCGAGAGAGGAAGGCCAAGCCACCUGCCCUGCUCCAGCCUGGCACGCAGAACCCCCAACCGCAUCUUCUGCAGGCAUUCUCCAGUGCCAAGAACAGCACAGGCUGCCUCCUCCCAAGCAUGCCGGGUCAGCAAACUACAAAGAGAGACAGCCACAAAGGACGUACCCGGCUGGGAACGUGCGGUACUGAAGCUACCUCGUUCCAAGUUCCUGUAGCAGCCCCAGGUGGCCCCCGGCCAAAGCCCAAGACUGUGUCUGAGCUGCUUCGUGAGAAACGGCUCCGUGAGUCUCGUGCUAAGAAGGCUACGCAGGCCCUCACUGCCGUCAACGGCCAGUUGCUGAUCUCCUCACCUGUGAUCCUCCAGCCCCCUCUGCUUCCAGCCCCCCAGGGCUCCCCAGUAGCAGGCCCUACAACAUCCAGUGUAGAGCUCUCUGUCCCUGUGGCCCCAGUGAUGGUCAGUUCAAGUCCUUCUGGCUCCUGGCAGGUGGCUGCGAUGUCAGCCACAGACAAGCAGCCCCCCAUCCGGCAAACCAUUCCCCUAAAUCCUUCCCACGAAGGGACCCAGAUUGCAACCCCUGCUGCUUUUAGGAGUCUGGCCCUGGCUCCCAGACAGGUCCCCCCAGCCUGCCCUCUGAGUACUCUAGGGCAGUCUCAGGCCUCUGUCGCAUCCCAGCCGGGCUUGCCCAAGGUUCUGCCCCUUCUCCCAGCAGUCCCCAGCCCCACUCAGCUGCCUGUGCAGCCCCUCAGUCUACCGCCAGCUCUUGGCCCACAGGCCAGUGGGCAGCCCCAGGCAGCCAAGGCCAGCCUGCCUAUCAACUGGGUGCUCACAACUCAGAAACUGCUGUCUGUCCCAGUGCAAGCCGUGGGCCUCACCCAGCCGGUGAUGACCCCUGACACCAUAGGACCACCAGCAAAGCAGCUACCUUCCUCUGCCACGACUCCUGCUCGCGUGGGACAGCUUCUAGCCAGUACAAACACAGCGCCCAAAGGUCCUCAGGGCCAGGAAAUACCAGCCGCAUCUGGACCCGAAAAGAAGGCCUUGGACCUAAGCCUACUUUCCCAGGAAAGCGAGGCCGCCACACUGGCCUGGCUGAAGGGGUGCCAAGGUGCUUGUGUACCCCCACUAGGGAGCAGGAUGCCCUAUCAGCCCCCUUCUCUGUGCAACUUGCGAGCAUUGUCCAGCCUUCUCCUCCAUAAAAAGGACUUGGAGCAGAAAGCUUCCUCUCUGGUGGACAGCCAGGCAGCUGGGUCCCAACCUGAGCCCAAGUCUGGAGCCCUACAAACUUCCUUGGGGCUGGUACAGAGGCAGUUCCAGGACAACCCAGCCUACCUCUUGCUAAAGACACGUUUCCUGGCUAUCUUCUCCCUUCCUGCACUCCUGGCCACUCUGCCACCCAACAGUGUCCCCACUACCCUGUCGGCAGCCAUGGCUGUUGGUUCUGAAAGUGACAGUGAAGACCUCCUCGGUGACCAGGAACUCAAGGACAGGGCCAGGCAGUUGGACUGUCUGGGCUGCAGAGUACAAGCAAGCCCAGCAGCUGCAGACCCUGAGCAGAGAGCUCCAGGUCCUGGUGAGGAUUCUGCCCCCUCCCACCUGGAUGCUUCCGAUGACCUUGACGUGCUCAGGACUCGGCACGCUCGGCAUUCCCGGAAACGGAGGCUGCGAUGAGCAGCAAGGACAAGGACUCAAGGGGUCCAGAAACCCACUCUUACACCAGGCGGGAGGCAGAGCCCAGGCCUGGCCAGAAGCCCACAGCCCUCUGCAAGAGGAAGCGGAGGCCAGGAAGCUGCAGCCCUUCAGACUAACCUGUCUGCAGCAAGCAGCAGGGACUCUGCUAGCAGUGACCAUGUGAUGACAGGCUUAACUGUUACAAAAUGCAAAUUCACAUAGUUGAAGGAAUAAAGGAAAUGUCUAUUUUUUACUUUAAAAGCAA